AUAAAAUAUCUUCACUCACCCUUUUAGUCUCUUCCUCUUCUCUCUCGAGAAUAGCAAGCAAAGCCAUUUGAGGUCUACCACUAAGUCCCCCUCAACAUCACCCAGCUCCCGACGGCACCCACAUCAUACGCAGUAGAAGUAGUUUUUCCUUGUCCCUCGUUCUUCUUUUUCUUCUUGGCCUACUUUGCCAAGAGAAAGGCCUACAACUCUUACUGAAAUGAAGAGAGAUUAAAGAAUAAUGGGAGGAGUAAUACAGAAAUUCUUCAUUGCGUCUAUGUUUAUGUGGAUGGUUCCUGUUGCGAUUUUGUACGGGUUUAACCAUAAGUUGCUUCCUGGUUCAAGUGAUUUAUCUCCCCAUUCUCUGACAAUAUUGAGUGGAUUUCUUGCUGUAAUAUCAGUCAACAUAGUAAUUGCAUUCUAUAUAUACAUGGCAAUGAAGGAACCUUCAAAUAAACAUGAGCCGGAUCCUGCUUUUCUUGCGGCGGCCAAAGCUAGUGUGAACCAGUCUGAAGAGUCUGGGGAUGAUUCCAGUAAAUCAUUGCAAUCAUCAAAGAAACAAGAGUGACAUGAGAUACAGUUGUUGUGCAUACUGACAUGUUUUGUAGUAUUUACUUUUAUUGAACUAGAAAUUUGAGAUUUAUAUAACAUUAUAACAAAAUACGAUACAAGUAAGGCUUGCGAGAAUUCUAUUAUUUUUUUUUUCAAAUUGAUUUAAGAUUUUGGCUUACUUGUUGUUUUGAUAUACAAGUGGCAUCAAGGAUUAACAUAUUUGUGUUUUACUCUGUAACUGCAACCCUUCUUUUUGUUUCACUAGCAUACCUUUUUUGUUUUUUUGAAAGUGAGAAGCAUACCUUUCUUAAGUA